ACUCAUAAUGGACAGCCAAUGAUAUGAAUGCUUACAAUUCGAAUACAAGAUCUAUUUUUCGUCGCAGGUUAAUAACCGAUUAGCGUUGCUUCAUUUGCUUAACUUCCACGUCUUUUCUAGAUGAUGAAGAUGCAAACGAAUAGUUUCAGGACUCACUCUGAACAUUUCUGCAAGUUCUGGGCACGUUGUCCUGGAAUUUGCGUCCACAACCUGUCGAAGAUCCUCGUUGUUCAUGAUUUGUGAUCUCCCCGAGCGUG